AUGGCUGACGCACCUCAGGACGAUCACCACGGACACGAUGUGCACUUUGAGAGUGCUGAUGCUGGAGCCUCUCUGACAUACCCCCAGCAGGCUGGAACCAUUCGCAAGAACGGCUUCCUUGUGAUCAAGGGCCGCCCCUGCAAGGUGGCUGAUGUGUCCACUUCAAAGACCGGCAAGCACGGUCACGCCAAGUGCCAUUUCGUGGCCAUUGACAUCUUCACUGGCAAGAAAUAUGAGGAUCUGACUCCCUCUUCCCACAAUUGUGAUGUGCCUCACGUCAGUCGCCAGGAAUUCACUCUCCUGGAUGUCAACGAGGAUGACUUCGUGUCCCUGAUGGACGAGAGCGGCAACACCAAGGAUGACCUGUCCCUGCCAAAGGGUACUGACGAUGCCGAGAAGCUGGCCCAGCAGAUCAAGGAGGACUUUGACGCCGGCAAGGAGCUGGUCGUCACUGUGCUGAAGGUGUGCAUCUCCUCAUGGGUGGCACUCCCUGCUUGA